GGGCGAGUCGCCGCGGCCGCCCAGAAAGCCAAGGCCUGCUGACCGAGCCGGCCUGACGACGGGCGACGGAGGGAGGGAGGAAGGACUGGCCCGAGGGCCGCCCGUCCGUCCGUCCGUCCGUCCAUCCAUCCAUCCACCCACCCAUCCGGCGGGCCGCCCAAGGGGCGAGGAAAGGGGUGCCCCGCCCCAGGACUUUCUUCUGCCUUGGGUCCUGGUGUCCCAGUGCCUUGACUAAAGUCUCCUGUUCUCCAGCCUGAGAGGCUCUUCAGAGGCAGGCGAUGGAACUCCUUGCAGAAUUGGUGCUGGCAUCUUUAGCAAUUCUCUCUUUUUCUGCCUGGAGUCCAGCCCAGAGCUCCCCGGGCACCUACGGGCCCAUCUUUGAGGACCAACCAGUCAGUGCCCUCUUCCCCGAGGAGUCGAGAGAGGAGAAGGUCACCUUAGCCUGCCGGGCCCGGGCCAGCCCACCAGCCACUUACAGAUGGAAGAUGAACGGCACCGAGAUGAAGCUGGAGCCCAACUCCCGCUACCAGCUGGUCGGGGGCAACUUGGUGAUCACAAAUCCUGUAAAAUCUGAGGAUGCAGGCGUCUACCAGUGCCUGGCCUCCAAUGCCCUGGGCACCGUGGUCAGCAGAGAAGCCUUCCUCCGCUUUGGCUUCCUGCAGGAGUUCUCCAAGGAAGAGCGGGAUCCAGUGAGGAUCACCGAGGGCUGGGGGGUCAUGCUGCCCUGCAAUCCCCCUGCCCACUACCCAGGCCUGUCAUACCGCUGGCUCCUGAAUGAGUUCCCCAACUUCAUCCCUGCCGACGGACGCCACUUCGUUUCCCAGAUGACGGGGAACCUGUACAUCGCCCGCACCAACGCCUCCGACCUGGGCAAUUACUCCUGCCUGGCUACCAGCCACAUGGACUUCACCACCAAGAGUGUCUUCAGCAAGUUUGCCCGGCUCAAUCUGGCGGCCGAAGAUCCCCGUCAGUUCUCCCCCAGCAUCAAGGCCCGGUUCCCCUCGGAGACCUAUGCGUUAGCAGGCCAGCAGGUCACCCUGGAGUGCUUUGCCUUUGGAAACCCUGUUCCCCGGAUCAAGUGGCGCCGAGUGGAUGGCACGCUGUCCCCGCAGUGGGAAGAAGGUGAACCCACCCUGCAGAUCACCAAUGUCGGCUUCGAGGAUGAGGGGACCUACGAGUGUGAAGCCGAGAACGCCAAGGGCAGGGACACUGUCCAGGGCCGCAUCAUCGUGCAGGCUCAGCCUGAGUGGCUCAAGGUGAUCUCUGAUACGGAGGCCGACAUCGGCUCCAACCUGCGCUGGAGCUGUGCGGCGGCUGGGAAGCCCCGGCCGUCGAUGCGUUGGCUCCGAAACGGGGACCCGCUGGCCAGCCAGGCUCGACUGGAGGUGUCUGGUGGAGAGUUGAAGUUUUCCAAGCUCGCCCUGCAGGACUCGGGCAUGUACCAGUGUGUGGCAGAGAAUAAACACGGUGCCAUCUAUGCCAGUGCUGAGCUGGCUGUAAAAGCCCUGGCUCCUGACUUCCGGCUGAACCCAGUGAAGCGGCUGAUCCCAGCUGCCAGGGGAGGGGAGGUCAUUAUCCCCUGCCAACCCCGCUCCGCCCCUCGGGCCGUGGUGCUUUGGAGCAAAGGGACGGAGCUCCUCACCAAUAGCAGCAGAGUGACCAUCACCCUCGACGGCACCUUGAUCCUGAGGAAUCUCAGCAGGACAGAUGAGGGAAAAUACACCUGCUUUGCCGAAAACUUCAUGGGCAAAGCCAACAGCACCGGCACGCUCUCGGUCCGAGAUGCAACAAAGAUCACCUUGGCACCCUCCAGUGCAGACAUCAACCUGGGGGAGAACUUGACCUUGCAGUGCCACGCCUCCCACGACCCCACCAUGGACCUCACCUUCACCUGGACGCUGGAUGACUCCCCCAUUGACUUUGACAAGCCUGACGGGCACUACCGGAGAGCCAGCGCGAAGGAGGCGAUUGGAGACCUGACCAUUGUGAAUGCUCAGCUGAGACACGCGGGCAAGUAUACGUGCAUGGCUCAGACGGUGGUGGACAGUGCGGCUGAGGCUGCCACCCUGCUGAUCAGAGGUCCCCCCGGGCCCCCGGGGGGUGUGGUGGUGAGGGACAUCAGCGACACAACUGUGCAGCUCAGCUGGAGUCGGGGCUUUGACAAUCACAGCCCCAUCGCAAAGUAUACCAUCCAGGCCCGCACUCUACCCGCCGGCCAAUGGAAGCCCGUUCGAACUGAGCCGGUGAACAUCGAGGGCAAUGCGGAGACGGCCCAGGUGUUGAACCUCAUCCCUUGGAUGGACUAUGAGUUCCGGGUUGUGGCCAGCAACAUCCUGGGCACUGGGGAGCCCAGUGGACCGUCCAGCAAAAUACGGACUAAGGAAGCAGCUCCCUCAGUGGCUCCAUCGGGACUGAGCGGAGGAGGCGGGGCGCCGGGGGAGCUCAUCAUCAACUGGACGCCCAUGUUGCGGGAAUACCAGAACGGCGAGGGCUUUGGCUACCUCCUCUCCUUCCGCAAGCAGGGCUCGGUGGCCUGGAGGACCACCAGGGUCUUCCAGGCCGAGUCCCUGCACUAUGUGUACCGCAAUGAGACCAUCCAGCCCUACACGCCCUUCGAGGUGAAGAUCCGCGGCUACAACAGGAAAGGGGAGGGGCCCGAGAGUCUCACGGCCAUCGUGCACUCCGCCGAGGAAGAGCCGCGUGUGGCCCCAGUGAAGGUGGCAGCGAAGGCAGCGCUGGCCUCGGAGGUGGAUGUGACAUGGGAGCCUGUGCCUCGAGGUGACACAAACGGAGUCCUCCUGGGAUAUGAGAUCCGCUAUUGGAAGGACGGCGACAAGGAGGCAGCAGCCGACCGGGUAAGGACGGCGGGGCUCGAUACCACGGCCCGGGUCACUGGUCUACACCCCAGCACUAAGUACCACAUCACUGUCCGGGCCUACAACCGGGCGGGCACCGGGCCUGCCAGCCCCUCCACCAAUGUCACCACCAUGAAGCCACCUCCAAGGAGGCCACCCGGCAACAUCUCCUGGACGUUCUCCACCUCCAGUAUCACCAUCAAGUGGGACCCAGUGGUUCCACUUCCAGAUGAGUCUCCCAUCACCGGUUACAAGAUGCUGUACCGACAGGACUCGCACUCAGCACCCACCCUCCACGUGACCAACAAGAGCUGGAUUGAGAUUGCAGUGCCCGAGGGCUCCAAUCACGCCCUGGUGCAGAUUCGUGCCACAGGGCCAGGGGGGGAUGGAGUCCCGGCUGAGGUCCACAUCCUCAGGAACGGAGGCACAAGCAUGAUGGUGGAAAAUUCUGCCGUCCAGCCAGCCCUGCCUCUACUGACCCUCCUCACCUGCUCCCUGGUGCUGUGGGUGUGGAUUGGCUGCGAGGAGCUCUGAUCCCAGCGCCCACUCCCUUGCCCUCCCCUGAUGGUCCCAGACAGAGGGGCAGGACCUCAAGAUGGGUGGGACCAGCCAGCCCUGGGCGUCCCCACCCCUGGUUGCCGCAUAACCUCCACACCCCGAGAGGGGUUGGUUUUAAAGAGUGAAUUUACGAAAUACCACUUUUUUUAGAAGAUAGGACAUUUCAUAUAAGACUCCAACGAGGAUUUUUUUUUUCUAAAACGAGGAGGAAGGGCCAGAGGGAAGAAUUCCUCACUCAUCCUGACUCCCAGACUCGCAGGACUGCUGCCUCCCAAAGCCACGAAGCGGAAUCCCCGGGUGGCUGCCGGGGGAGGAUUUUUAACACCCCUUCUUUGGGCAAACAGGGCCAAAACUGGGACACAAGUGGAUCUGGCUGCCCUCAACUGAAGAGGCCCAGGGAGAGGAGAAGCGGGAAAGUGGACAGAAGGGGUAGGAGGAUAAAGACCGCCUAAAAGGAAGAGGAGAAAGAACAGCAUGGACUGCGGACUCUGUCUUUCCGAUCUGUGCUCCUUUCUCGGGUUGAGGACUUGGUUCUUGGGGGUCUGAAGGAGGGAGAGGCCCGUGGCUGCAGAAUGGGGAACAGGGAUCCUGCUGUCGCCUUCCUUUCUGGGACUCUGGUGUCCCGUGGGAUACAGAGAGGUGGAGUGGGGGACGGUGGGAUUGGGAGGUUGGACGUCCUAGGGCGACCCAAUUCUGAAUGAGAUGGGGAUCAUGUCAGAGUCUAGAGGGAGAGAGAAGACUUUUCCUCUACCCUGCGGGAGAUCCCAGCUUGCUGUCCCCCAGGGUAUCCAGAGACUCCAGGUUAGCCCAACUGGUACUAGAAGAUUGCAUUGGACUCAUAGUUCCCUCAGACCAAGUGGCCAAAGAGCUCUCUGUGGAUGAAACCCCUUGGACCUCACUGUACUGGAAGGGGGAAGGAAAGAUGAACCUCUCAAAUCCUGAAACUUGUUGCCUAGUGAGAGGGGAGGAGGAAGCCAUGGCAGAACAGGAGAUCUCCAGGUGGCUGUACCCCUGGUCUGGUGCCCUGUAACCCCGUGAGAGGAAAAGGGGACAAUAAAGAGGAUGCCCUUCCUGGAGCCCCAGUGUGUGGUAUAACAUAGGGAGGGUGGGAGAAGCCGGAGGGGACUUCUUGAGGAAAUCCCUGCAGCUUAUGGAGCCAGGAGAUUUAGGGGUUUGGGCAGUGGGGCCUAUAGGGUCAAGUUAUUGAGUAACUCUGAAAAUGGGGUCCUGGCAACCAGAAGGCCGACCAGCGCUAGACUGAGUGGAGGGGUUGGGCUGAUUCCGGUGUUGCUUCCUGACCCUGGUCCUCCUGGGCUCCACCCCAUGGCCCCUUUGGCCACCUUAGAGUCUGGGUUUACAGGAGCUGCAGGCUUUUCCCUCCGGUUGCCCACCCCUGGGGCUCAGACCACCGUGGCUAGAGGAAAGGGCCCAGUCCAGGAUGUGGGUCCUUCCCAGAGUAGAAGCUCCCGGUCCUCUUCCAAACUGCCGCUCGGUUGUACAGUGCCUAGCAUUUCUGUGGGCUCUGCCCAGCUGUGUGGGCCAAAUGGGGGCUUGCCCGUGGCCCCUGCCAUGCCCUGCCCACAGCCCCCCUGGGGGCCCAUUUCUAGUCAAGAGUUAUUACACGGAAAUCUCUAUUUUGUUAUAUUUUUUUUAGGUUUUUGAGGUUCUUUCGGAUCCGUUCUCACUUCAGGGAAGGUUUGGCGAUUGGCAGACACUGCCCUCGUGUGUUAUGUUUACAAUGAUGACUUUUCCUUCCUUUGGGUAAACUCUUCCCACUCACACAGUCCGGAUUGGAGUUCCUCCCAAUGAGACAGACAGAUGGGGUUCCUAGUCUCGCUCUCCAGGCAGGGCCCAGGGCCCAACAAACCUGAACCCAGGGCCCAUCGGUGACCUCUCGCCUGCCUGGCUAGAAAUAACAGGGCAGGAGCAGUUGGAAAGGAGAGACCUCCCCUCCCUGGCCCCUCCAACCCCUCCCCGUGGACUCAGCACAUAGCACUUACCUUCCAGAGGGGCUGAGUCCUUACUGUGGAACCCUGAGAAAGCAACCACCCUUCUCUGUGCCUCUUUCCCCUUUGUACAGCGAGGCUCUGCUAAGGCCUCGCUCCCUGCAGCCUCCUGACUGUCUGGCCCGGAGCCCUGCAGAGGAACCGCUGUUGUGGGGAGGCAAGUCUGGGGUCUCUCGGGCAGAGGCUGGCCAGAGAACAGGUGGUCCUUGGACCUCCUCUUGGUGGAAAGGACAAGCUGACCAAACUCCAGCUAAUGAGGUCAGCUGAGUCAAGCCUGAGGCGGGUUGGUAGGAUGCCAGCUUUCUCUGGAUAAUUCAGCAUCUCUGGCUUUGAGUUCUGCUUUUAAGCAGCUAAUCAGAUAAGCCCUAAUCCCAGAAGUCCGUGCCCUGUAGAGUGUUGGCGUGGGAUGCCAACAAGCCAGUAAGGACCUUAAGGCAAUCUCAGGGAAGAAUUUUAAACGAGGCCAGCAGGGCCUGUGGGCUAUCUUCCCCGAGAGGGAGGAGAAAGAACCUAGUGAAAACUUUAACUGCAAUAGGAGAAACAAAUGAAUGGUUUAGGUUGAAGCUGUUAGACCUUAGGUUGGGUGACCCAGGGAGAGCUGAAAGAUGAAAAACAGUAUUUUUACUUCAUCUGCCCCAAGCUUCCAGGGUCAGUACCAUCCAGUGGCAUGGAGGGCCCCCUCUGCGUAAGUCUCCUAGGACUCUGGCAGCAUCAAAGGACCAUCAGCUGGUCGGGAUCAGCACGCCAACUGAGGUUUCGCAGGGGAGGAGGGAGCCCAGAACUUGAGAGGUUUUCCCCUUACCCCUGGCCAGUUUCCAUUCUGGUUUUACAGCCUCUCCCUGCUUCCAAUAGGAAGCUUACCUGGUGUUUGUACCCUAGGAAAACGCAGAGCAAAAAAUCAAUCAAUGGAAUCGACUGAUCCCCUCUAACGAAAGAACCCUGGUGGACCUUUCUGAGUUUGCCCUUAAGUGCCUCACGGGGAUGGUGUGGAGAGUGAAAAGAGCCCUUGCAGUUCUUCCCUCUGCAAGACGUCUUGAGGUCAGGGGGGUGGCACUGUGGAAAUCACUUCAGCUCGGCACUGCUUUGCCCUAGACUCACGGUCUCUUUCCUAGGCCUUACUGCGUGUCCCUUGUUGAUUUAAUGUUCCAGCUGCUUAGGUUCACCACUCCCCCAGUAGGAGUUGGGGACUGCUUUCCCCUACAGGUAGGCUGAGGAGAAGAGAAAUCCAUGUCAGGGCCAAGGUGGUCAGUUCUUGGUGGGGAAGGGGGAAGGGGAGCCUGCCAACUCUUAAGGGGAUGGGGGUCUAGUCACUGACCUCCAGCCCAUUCCCCGUGCCCCCUCCUGCCCUUAAAGGAUGGGGGGGGGGGGGGUCAGCUCUAGGUGGACAGACCCUCUUAGCAGGAGAAACAGCAGGAGAGGUUUGAAAGUAGACAUUCAGAGAAUUUCCUGGCUGUUGGCGACCUGAAUGACCAAAGGAACCAAUGAGCUCUCCUUCCCAGGAGGUGGAUAGGGAUGAGGCAAACUCCCAUCUUUCUGGGUGAGUUAGGUCAGCCCUGUCCGGAAGCAGCGGGGUGGACACAAUAUACUCUGAACACCCCACCCGGCCCUGAGGUUCUGACUCCACGAGGUAUUGGAGCCAAAGGUUAAUUCCAGAAAGUAAGGGAGGCCAUGGAUGGACAAGGACCCUCUAAGCACCAGGAACUGGUUGUUUUUGACUUUGGCUCCAGGGAAAGUUCCCUUCACACAACUGUGUAUUGCCACGGGCAGCUGCAGAACUUCCUUUGCUGAAAAUUCUUAAGGGGAAAGAUGAAUGGUCUGAGCCGAUUUCAGUAUAUUCCAGCCUGGAGGCAAGGGGGUGAAAAAGUUGACUUCCAAAGAGCCUUCCAGUCAGAGGAUUCUAAUAAAGCUAGGAGGGCGGAUUUGUCUUUUUUCCCCGCUACCUGAUUUUCCAGUCUCACCUUCCUCUCUUCUCUUCCCCUUCAUCAGUCGGCUACUCUUCUUGGGCAUCGGUGGCUGGAAAGGCAGUGUGGUUGUCCACCCCACAGAACAGAUGUGGGGCUGAAUCCUGCCUGGGAAGGAGGACUAGGGAGCAGUAAUUACUUUUUCAAGCCCAACAGCAGUCAUUUUGAACAGGCCUUUGAAGAGUGAAUGCUCCUCCCAAAGUGGUUUGAAAAACGGGGUGUGUGUUAGAUAUGGGAAGCCUCAUGUGCUUGGCUAGUAAAGGGAAUGUUACUGGAAAGCAGCAUGGCCUAGAGGAAAAAGCCCGGGCCUGGGAGUUAGAGGACCUGGGUUCUAAUCCUGACUCCGCCACUUGCCUGCUGGGUGACAAUGGGCAAGUCAUUUCUCUUCUCCGUGCCUCAGUUUCCUCAACUGUAAAAUGGGGAUUCAAUACCUGCUCCCCUCCUACUUGGACUGUGAGCCCCUUGUGGUACAGGGACUGUAUUCAACCUGAUUAACUUGCAUCUACCCUAAAGGUUGGAACAGUGCUUGACACGUAGCAAGCGCUUAACGAAUACCAUAACUAAUUAAUUAAUUAAAGGAGGGUGUGUUCUUCAAACUUCCUUUCCCAAAGCCGAUAUGUCCCCCUGGCUUCCAUGUUGGUUACAAGGUGUUAGAAGAGCCAAAAGGGCCCAUAACUCUUGCCUGGAACUUUUGGGUAGGUCCAGGGGGUGUUCACUUCCAGAUGCCCCCUUGCCCCUCAGUGGUCUGGCUUUCGCCACAAUCCUCCAUGAGGUGAGCCUCUCACUUGGGAAGGUCUCUGAGGAAACGUCUCUGGAGGAAAGUUGUGGACAGCUUUCUCCUUCCGGACCAUUUGGCUUUACACUUUUUUUUGUGGAAGCCCCCACCACCUAGAUUAAUAUACUCUUCUCUUGUAUUUACUGUAAUUAAGGUUAUUUAUUGGCUCUGGUCGUGCGCAGUUCUUAAAUAAAACUCUUCAUCCGGUUUCGGCAGUU